GGCGCGCGGUGUGCGGAGACCGCUUCUGGCAGGGCCUGUCAUGGCCGCCCGCGGGCUGAACCCGGUUCUGGCGGAGGCCUGCGUGUUCGAGGAGGCCCGAGGCGAUUCGGGGAGGGCGUCAGGGGGCGACGCCGGGGUGUGGCGCCGCGGUGGGAGAAGCCGGAGCUUGUAGACCUGACGGUCUUCUCCGAGUUCGAGAGACUCUCCCCUCCCCCACUCUUGCGUUUAGGAUUCGUGGAUUCGUGGUUCCAGAGAUUUCGGCACCAUGGCGGAACAGGAUGUGGAAAACGAGCUUCUGGAUUACGAGGAAGAUGAAGAGCCCCAGGCUCCUCCAGAGAGCACUCCAGCUGCCCCCAAGAAAGAUGUCAAGGGUUCCUACGUUUCCAUCCACAGCUCUGGCUUCCGGGACUUUCUGCUAAAGCCUGAGCUCCUGAGGGCCAUAGUGGACUGUGGCUUCGAGCAUCCAUCCGAGGUCCAGCACGAGUGUAUUCCACAAGCCAUCCUGGGCAUGGACAUCCUGUGCCAGGCCAAGUCAGGGAUGGGCAAGACAGCGGUUUUUGUGUUGGCCACCCUGCAGCAGAUUGAGCCCGUCAACGGACAGGUGACGGUCCUGGUUAUGUGCCACACUCGAGAGCUGGCCUUCCAGAUCAGCAAGGAGUAUGAGCGCUUCUCCAAAUACAUGCCCAGCGUCAAGGUGUCUGUGUUCUUCGGGGGCCUCUCCAUCAAGAAGGAUGAGGAGGUGUUGAAGAAGAACUGUCCCCACGUCGUGGUGGGGACGCCGGGCCGGAUCCUGGCACUUGUGCGGAACAGGAGCCUCAACCUGAAGAACGUGAAGCACUUCGUGUUGGACGAGUGUGACAAGAUGCUGGAGCAGUUGGACAUGCGGCGGGACGUGCAGGAGAUCUUCCGCCUGACACCCCACGAGAAGCAGUGCAUGAUGUUCAGUGCCACCCUGAGCAAGGAGAUCCGGCCCGUCUGUAGGAAGUUCAUGCAAGACCCCAUGGAGGUGUUUGUGGACGACGAGACCAAGCUCACGCUGCAUGGGCUGCAGCAGUACUACGUCAAACUUAAGGACAGUGAGAAGAACCGCAAGCUCUUUGACCUCCUGGAUGUGCUGGAGUUUAACCAGGUGGUGAUAUUUGUGAAGUCGGUGCAGCGCUGCAUGGCCUUGGCCCAGCUCCUUGUGGAGCAGAACUUCCCAGCCAUUGCCAUCCACAGGGGCAUGGCCCAGGAGGAGCGCCUGUCACGUUAUCAGCAGUUUAAGGACUUCCAGCGGCGGAUUCUGGUGGCCACCAAUCUGUUUGGCCGAGGAAUGGACAUUGAGCGUGUCAACAUUGUCUUCAAUUAUGACAUGCCCGAGGACUCAGACACCUACCUCCACCGCGUGGCCCGUGCGGGUCGCUUUGGUACCAAAGGCCUGGCCAUUACAUUCGUGUCUGAUGAGAAUGAUGCCAAAAUUCUCAAUGAUGUCCAGGACCGGUUUGAAGUGAAUGUGGCAGAGCUUCCAGAAGAAAUAGACAUCUCCACAUACAUUGAGCAGAGCCGGUAACCACGUGCCCGGAUGUCCCGGAGCCUCCCUGCUUCCCACGUGUUGCUUCAAGUUCUCUUCCUAGGUGACAGUGGGCCUUUCUUUUUACUGUUUAAAAGCUGUAGAUUUGUGUAAGAAUAAAUUUUUAUUAUGGAA